AUGGAAUAUGACUUCACAGAUAGUAUGAGCUCUUUGUAUACCAAUGCCCUAGUUGCAUUCCACAUAAAUGUGGAUGACAUUGGAAUUGCAACUCUGGCAUGCCCACGCCAAGUCAACAGAACUGAGUACGUAUGGCAUCCCCAACCAACCGCUUAUCAUGGCAAUACUCUCAAAACCUAUGUGAUUGAAGACGGCAAGUUUCACUCUGUCCCUUUUUCGAAGGUAGUGGUCAACGAAGCACCACGCGCAUAUGUUCGGAAAGUGUCAAAGGAGUCGCAAACAGAGUUGCAUAUCGAUCUAAUGGAUGACCAUAUAUAUGCCAUUACUGAAGAACGUGUGGCAUUCAUUUGUGGUCCUAGGGAUUUGGUAUUGAGUGAUGCGCUGCAAGGACAACUUGCUCACCUACGGGAGAUUGAUGAAACCGAAAUUUAUUUAUGGAAUCCGACCACACCAUUGGUUGGCGAAAUAGCCAAGAUAGGUAAGAGCUUGGGUGUGGUAUUUUUGCACAGAGGCCUUAAUCAUCAAUUAAUGCAAGGCUGUGGAAGUCGUCCCUCGAAACUCUUUGCUCCAGAUAAUGACGUGACUGUAGACCCUGUCACUGGCACACGUUCUUGUGUAGUAAAUCCUAUGUCGACAUUACGUACUGGUUUCGUUUGCAAGGGCAGAAUAGAACCGAACGAUUGCAUGAGGUAUCUCUUGGACAGUACGGGCAGAGUCGUGACUGCUCCUACACCACAUUUAUAUAGGAAUUUUAAUAAUCGUGGAAAAUGGGUUGUAGCUAGAUAUUUUAAUGACGUAGCAUUACCCCGCUUCAACGGCGAAUGUCGAUGCAUAGAUCCUGAGACUGGUCACGUGAAGGCAAGGAUGGAGAUCCGUUGGAAAACUGAAUACGUUUGUGACAUAGCUAGCAUGAUUGUCCGUAACAGGUUCAAGCCUAUUCGUGGCACCUGGUGUUCAGCGUUGCUACAUCCUGAUACUACGUUGACCAUCAAGUUGCCAAAACAAACAGACAAGUCUGCUGCUACCGGCGAGAAAUACGAAGAAGAUGUUGACGAUAUUGACGAGGAUGAUUCGACCGUCCCAUUCUCGCAACUUCCAUCUACCCAUGCAUACGACAGUGAAUUCAAGCCGGACACGGAAUUGACGCUACGCCAAAUACAAACAAUUUAUGACAUCAAUGAUUACGACGAAAUCUUGAUUUACGAAGCAUUUACUGGCGGCGCAAUCGAGGUAGAUGUAUCCCAAGUGGAGGGAGGAGAGGUGAAGCUGAAGUACCGUAUGGACAGACCUCUGGCGUUACGAAAAGGAUACAACUCGUUUUUAUAUCAUUGGACAUUCAUAUCUAGGAACGAAUACGUUCUCGAGAAAAUACGCGCUGUGGUGAACGUCUCAUUUGCGCCUACUUAUCGCUUCAAUAUUAUUGGUUGUGACCGAUGGAGGCCAAGUAUGUUUGAUCCGGCAAAUGAUAUUGACUCUCUUACAAUUAGAGACAUGGGGCAUGGUAUGGCGUUAACAUCUGAAUGGGUGUUAAAUGUCAUGAGUGGCGAGAAGCAAGCCGGCAUUCAAUGCGGGGACAAUGAGGAGCUGCUUCCAAACAAUUGCGAGUCCACAGGAUACGACCUCUCCUCCAAUAAGAUUGCGCCAUUUCCUACAGCUGUGCGCAAUGUCACACUUUACCCCGUUCGACGAUUCCAAGUAUUCGACAUGAGCUUCCAAAAUAUCCCCGUCAGUCACGCUUGUAGUUGUGUCGAUGAACAUGGAUACGAGACAUCUAGACUUAUUUUGAGAUCCAACCGUCGUGAAGAGUACACGUACACAGUACGUCGUGAAGAGGCGUAUCAAAGGUUGCUGCCUUACUCAUUACUGCCCUGGAGUGAGGUGGCAUUAUUUUACGGUGUUUCCAAUCCUAUGCGAUCAAUUGUGCUACACAACAUGCCCCAGGGACCUAUUACACUACACUCUGGCACAGAAAUCUUCAUGAGGUGUGUUCUGGAUGGAGGGUUGUACGACGAUGAGAAUAACGCCGUCGCAUCACCUACCUGGUUACCAUAUGAUCGCGGAUACAACCAUUACAAAGUAUAUAGUACCGCAGAAGGACAUAGGCUAAUUCGAAAGUCACACGGAGAGCGAAUCGCUGGGACAAGAGGUGGAUUUAAAGUCAUUCUGUCAGAAUAUACAGAAGAAUACCGUGGUUUAAUAAUCAAAUCCAAUAGCGGCGCAAUUUUGGUUUCCAGGGAUCCAGAUCACUCGGAAUACGUGCCUAUGACAUUCAUUUGCGGCAAGGAGUUUUCAGAAUCAGAUUUUGAUCAAAGCAACGAUAACGCAGCUGCAGCUGCCAUUCCCCCACCUGUAGCACUAUUAGAGGAAUACACGUGGAACGUAGUUCAAAUUGACGUAGAGAUGACGGACCCAUACAUGCAAGGGUGCGGUGUUAAGUCCUCAUCGGAUGAGUUGUUCAAGCCUGACACACCCAAACUCUACGAUGCGGAAUGGCAGGAAAUCGGUUGCGAAAUCGACAUUGAGAUUGCUAAAGAAGCCGCUUUCUACUGCCCCGCGCCGUACGUCCUGGACCCACCCAAUUGCUUCGACCAGGUCUACGUCAAUGGUGAAGUGAAGAACCUAACCGAAAUAAGCAAGUCGCUGAUUGCAUCAGCAUCCAGCCACUUCGUUACCUUGCUAUUCGACAGUGCUCGUAUAGGACCCGGGGAGAACCUGCACCAGACCCCGCCGUUGCAGUGCCGAUGCGUGACCAUCAAGGGUAUCGUCCUAUCCACCAUCCAGAUCGAGAAUUACUACUCCAAGUAA